UCACCAUUGACAGCCGAAGCACAACUUUUCCCCAGGCAAAGUGAAAUCAAGCCGCGGACACGGACACAACCUAGUCCCCGCUUUUCAACUGAAAUUAGUGGAAAUUUGGCGUCGCAGCCCCCCCGUCAGAGCCAGAGUCGCUCGCCCGUCCCCCGAAGAGGAGCCACCCGCGGCCCGACGCCUUUGUGCCGGUUUCCGAGCACUUUUUGGAGACUGGCGGAAAGUCGGUGAUGAGUCCCGGGCUGCCAAAGAAGCGAGAACUUGCUCUCCGAGCCGAGUAGUUGUUCUUCGGCUUGUUAUUGUUGCUCGAAACCCCCCCGAAUUGCCCCAAAGUUGGCGUCGCUCGCGUCGAAAGUGGGAGCAAAGUGCUUUUGUGGACGGAACAUGGAAGUACAAGGCCUGCAAGAGGCGCUCCAAGUCGAAAUCCAAUGUCAUCAGAAUCCGACGCUGUGCAAAGGCCUGAAUGAACUUCAGAACGGGCAGAAGAUGGCGGUGCGGAGUUGCCCGGUGGGUGCGACCAAGCCGCUUACUCUCAUCAAGCCCACGAGCCAGGGCAUCGCCAUCUCCGUGGUCCCGGCUCCCGUCGCCGCGGUAACGGCGCACAUCAACGGGCAGAAGACGCCCGGCUCCGAUCCGCCGCAGACGUUGCCCGCCAACCUACAGACGGGCGGGAGGGUGGCGUUCGGGGUCGGGGGUCGCCCGCUGGGCGGCAAGAGGGCCCUGGAGCUUCCUCCCGCACAGAUGUUGGGCUCGCUCACGUCCGUUCCCAUCAAGGUGCCUCAAGUCAGCUCGCUGCACCGACUGGCCGGUCAAGCCGCCGGCGUGCUCCCUCAGGUCAGGCCAAAGACGCUGAUUCCGGACAGCCUCCCCCACAGCCCGUGCCCGGACCCCCCGCAGCCGCGGACCACCUCCGCGCUCAACCACCCGGGCCCCACCCUGCCCACCCCCAACUGCACCCUCAGCCCCCACCGGCAACCUUACGACGGCGCCGGCGAGGCGGGCGGCCCCGCCCAGCACGCCUCGGCGGGGGCCGGCGUGGCCUACGCCAUCAUCGCCGCCUCGCCCGCCAACGGCAACGGAGUGGCCGCCGUCGGCGAGGCCGUCAAGGUGAUCAUCAUCCAGCCUCAGGCCCCCGGCAGUAGCGAGGGGGGGUCGCUCCCCCUCCCAUCACAGGAGCCCCCGCCCGCCCCCACCAAGAAGAUCGACGAGGACCCGGAGAAAAUUGCUUUCAUGGUCUCACUCGGACUCGUCACCAACGAGCACCUGGAAGGUAACCGCUUCCCCCCACACCCUGACUUAACGUGUGUGUUCAUGGGUUCCACGUGCGCUUUCUUGGGAGUUUUUGUUUGUUUGUUUUUUGUAGAAAUUCAGCUGAAGAGGCAGGAGAGAAAAAGGCGGAGCACAGCUAACCCCGCCUACAGCGGCCUCUUUGAGCCAGAGGUACUUUCUAAUGCCUUUUGUAUUUUUCAUGACGACGAUGACAUCAUCAUCACGCGGCAGGACUCGGCUGUCGUUUGUGUUUGUCCCCAGCGCAAACGUCUGGCGACGCAUUACCUGAACAGCCCGCUCUUCUUGUCGGCACGAGACUCUGAGGAUUUCUGCUGGAAGGAUGACGUGGAGCAGGACGAGCGCUGCGCCGUGUGCCGCCAGGACGGUGAGCUGCAGCCGUGUCACAACUGCCCGCGAGCCUUCCACCGGGACUGCCUGCAGCCGCCGCUCAAGACCCCGCCCGGGGGACCCUGGUACUGCCCCAAGUGCCGCAAGAAGGUUCUGAACAAGGAGAACAUGUCGUGGCCUCACAACUUCGUGCAGUCUUACGUCACGCACAAGACGGUGCGGCAGGAGGAGAAGCGGCGUCUGCUGCGACGAAACGUGGAGCUGAAGAAGGAGUGCGCCCACCUGGAGGAGGAAGACGACGAGCUCAACGAGACGCUCAAACGCUGCCUGGACCGGCGAGAUCGUCUGGCGGCGCAGCAGCGGGACACGCUGGCGUCGCUGGAGCGACUCAAAGCGCUCAUCAAGCUCAUCCAGGUUACCGUGACGACCGGCGCGCCCGCCGCCUCCUCCUCGCCGCGCUCGCCGUCCCAGAUGAAAAGCGGCGGGCCGUCGACCUCGCCCCUCCGGCCCUCUCGAGACGACGCGGCCGACUAGCCCCCCCGGCCGCGGCGCCCCCGGUGGCCGGCCGGUGAAUCAUUUUAUCUGUGACGACGGAAGUGUUUGGAAGACCUCUAGUGCUUACGAGAUUAGUUUUCGUUCUUGUUUGUCGGCCUUAAACGUGUUCUACUUGCCACAAGCGAGCAGCUUUUUUCUUUUGCCAAAACUAUUCAGGAAGUAUUGAGAGAAGAAGAAGAAGAAGAAGAAGAAAGUAUUUAAGAGCAAAGUACACCAACUAAGUAGUAUUUCGUUGUACAUAAACACGUUGACGGACGCUGAGCCCCGCAGAAUCAAACCGAAUCUUCGGACUGCAUUCGUCCAGCGCUUCACCGAUGUGACGAGGAACGGCCCGUGGCCCGUGGCCCGCGGCCCGCCCGCCCGUCCGGCAGUUGUAAGGCUCGCGGUCGGAAUCCGGCCCGUCCGUGCGGAGUUUGCAUGUUCUCCCCGUGUUCCGGUGGGCUUUUCCCAUCCGCGUCAGCAUGUUCGCUUCAUCGAGCGCUCGAAACGGUCCGCAGGUGUGACAGACCGAUUGUCUUUCGGUGCUGCCGACCGGUGCUGGGAAGAUGACUUUGCAAAUGUGACAAUUCCAAGCCUGUUGGAAACGGAAUCGGAGUGGAACUCUUUCAAAGUCGCAGAACGACUGGCAUUUCAUGACAUUGCUUCAUUUGGAUGAAAGCAUCGCAACCUUUUUCAAGCUUGCACCACUAGGUGGCGCCCGGAGGUCCGAUUUGGAAAAGUACGUCACGUUUGAGGCACAUGACCAGAGAGCGCCAAUCAUAGGCGUCGGCUUUCCCAAAAAGUUUCAAAAGCAAAUGUCACGUCACGACAUAUUUCGUUGUGGAUUUCUGUCGUGAAAGGAUGUCACCUGCUUCCAUUUUGAAUGAGUCACUCCCCGACACUGAUGGCGACCAGUCCGUAGUUCGGCGACCGGUCCGGGGCGUCCCGUCAUGAGGAGAAACGAGACGGAUGAUUGGCCGGAUGCAUUCACAUGACAAAUAUGCCAAAAAGUCUUUUUUUUUACCGUUUUCUUUUUCUACUGGAAUCCAUCAUAUCAAGAGAUGUUUUUUUUCUUAUUUAUUUUAUUAUUUUUUUUACUGUGUUUUGUUUUUGUUUUUGUUUUUGGGCGGGCCGCAGCCACACUGCCUAACAUGAGCGCUCGCUCGUCUUCCUGCGGAACAAAAACGCCUUCAUCGUAUCAGCGCCUGCAGACCGACGGCCUCGUUUCUUCUCCACCAAACCAGCAGCCCCCCUGGCCCGCCCGCACGCAGGCACGCGUGGUCUUGUCCGGGAGAAACUGUGGCGCGAUGAAACAGAUCUAUUUUAUUAGAGCACACCUUUGAACAAAGAACAAGGUUUUUCUAUUCUUUUAUCGAGCAGCAAAAACAAUAGAUGUCUCUUUUGUUUGGUUUGUGUCGACGCCACCGCGGGAAGUUGUGACUAGCGAGUAGACCGAGUGUUUUGUCUUCAAUAUGCCAACGUAGUACUUCACUUUUUUCUACCGACUUCGUACGAAAAAACCCCCAAAACGAUUCCUUAAUAAACAUUUGAACUACAAAACA